AUGGGUCCGCGAGCAUCGAGGCGCAAGGUGGCUACCAUCUCCGACGAUGAGGACGAGAACGAGAACGAGACUCACCCGGAGGAAAUCGAGCAAGACUCUCCGAAACCUCAGAAACGGUCCACAGGCAAGCUCAAGUCUGUCAGAAAAGGGCAAACGAAAGCUUCUGGAUCCUCGAGAAGUACUGCUGCCCAAGAUUCGCCUCAAAAGUCAAAGCCAAAGGUCAAGAACAGCACCAAAGAGCUGCCAAAGCCUGCGGCAAAGCCCAUUUACUCCUUCUUCAACAAUGCGACCCAGCGGCAGCAAACAUCUCAGCCUUCUGCUAGCCCGGAGAAACUGUUCACUCUACAUGAAGAUGUAGAGGCCAUCCACGAUGAUACGGACGGGGAGAACAGCCACCAUGAUGAAUCGACGACUCCUCUGUCCAAGGGAUCCAGCACGGCACUUGCGAUGCGAAAACGAAAGUUUCCAAAGACGCAGACUUCCGAUCAUAAUGCCAGUCUGGCUCCUGCUGCAUCACAGAAGUUCCGGAAAACCAGCAGUGGGGAUCGAGUACCAUCUCUGACCGUAUUGAACAGCGAUAAACGACCGUGGACCGAUCAAUUUGCACCAAAUGACCUGUCCGAGCUGGCUGUUCAUAAGCGAAAAGUAGCGGACGUCCGGAACUGGCUGGAGGCGACUUUGCGAGGGAAGCGGCAGAAGGUCCUGGUAUUGAAAGGCGCUGCCGGCACCGGCAAGACUACGACUGUUCAGCUGCUUGCGAAGGAUCUGGGUCUGGAAGUUGUGGAGUGGAAAGACACAUCCGGUUUAGAAGCGAGCUCCGAGUCUUUCACAUCGACGGCCUCUCGCUUUGAGGAACUCGUGGGCCGAGCAGGAGCAUCUGGUAGCCUUGUAUUGUCUGCCAAUUCAGAAGCAAAAUCCUCGGGCGUCGACCAUCGCCCUGCUGGACCUAAUGAAAAGUCGACACAAAGCCCGCAGGUGUUACUUAUAGAGGAGUUUCCGAACACGUUUUCGAGAACGUCCAGCACUCUGCAGUCUUUCCGAUCGACGAUAUCGCAAUAUGUAGCAUCGCCGCUAGCAAACGAAUCGGUGCCGACUCCGGUUGUCAUGAUCAUCUCAGAGACUCUACUAUCGACCAAUACGGCAGCCGCAGACAGCUUCACUGCUCACCGUCUGCUUGGACCUGAACUCAUCACGAAUCCAUACGUGAAUGUGAUCGAGUUCAAUGCCGUCGCGCCUACAUUCUUGAUCAAAGCUCUCGAGACCAUUGUAGUCAAGGAGGCGCGCAAAUCAGGGAGACGAAGGACUCCAGGUCCACAAGUCUUGAAACACUUGGCCGAGACUGGUGAUAUCCGAAGUGCCGUGUCCUCACUGGAGUUCAUAUGCUUGCGUGGGGAUAAUGGAGAUACUUGGUCAAGCAAAGUGGCCUUCACCAAAACGAAGCAAUCGAAGACACAAGCACCCAUGACGAAGGCUGAGGAGGAGGCUCUGAAGCUGAUCUCCAACCGCGAGAGCAGCCUUGGCAUAUUCCAUUCGGUUGGCAAGGUCGUCUACAACAAACGCUUAGAGGGUCCGAGCGUUGCUCAACCUCCUGCUUGGCUUCCUCAACAUCGCCGCAGCAAAGUCGCAGAGACGGAUGCAGAUACCCUCAUUGAUGAGCUGGGGACCGACACUCAGACUUUUCUUGCGGCUCUGCAUGAGAACUAUGCGCUGUCAUGUUCUUGCUCAGGAGCGGAAGAGACACUUGACAGCCUACUAGGCUGCAUGGAGAAUCUCUCGGAUUCAGACCUCUUGUCACUAGAUCGCUUCUCAUUCGGCACUCGCGCGUUCUCCGGAUCAACUACUGACAGCCUGCGGCAAGAUGAGAUGUGCUUCCAAGUCGCUGUGAGAGGAAUGUUGUUCAGCCUGCCUCAUCCUGUUCAUCGAAGCACCGCUGUCAGCGGCAAUCGUCGAGAUGCACACCAGAUGUUCUAUCCAACGUCACUACGACUCUGGAGAAAAAAGGAGGAAAUCGAGGGCAAGAUAGGUCUCUUGGCAGGCCAGAUAUCACAGGCUGGCGAGACAGGAGGAACAAAACCUUCAGGCGGAUCGUCGGUUUCGGGUUCUGGGGUAGAAAGUUGGAAACAAAACAGCAACUUCAAGUCAACGGCACAGUCGACAGAUGGAGCCGAGGACCCGAUUCAACCUCAACUAUCGACCGAAGCGAAGAACGAGCUCCUCAUGGAUCGAUUGCCGUACAUGACGCACAUUUUGGGCUCGUCAAAGCCUUCAAGAGCUUCGAGGAAUAUGGUGGAUCGACUGCUCGAGGUCACACGCAUCUCCGGUGCCGUCAUACCGGAUGAUGAAGAGACUGAACCAGAAGAAAGUCAGGAACCCGGUGCCAAUGUUGAGCAGUGGUCUACUGAUCGACCAGACGCUGAGGCUGGAACAGUCUCGACCAGUCCGAAGAAACAGCGGAUCCCGAGCAAGCAAAACGCAGUCUUCGAAGCCGUUUCCAUACCCGUAGAGCCUCGUGUUGAUAAGCUCGUGCUCGAGGACGACGACAUUGUUGAUGAUUGA